CAACAACUAACAAGCUACUUACUAUCACUUUACCCUUGUUUAGUAUUAUUUUAAUUAAUAAUUAAUUCAAAUUAUUACUGUGUUAAUAAAUAUAAUUUGUUUAAUACAUUUUCCCAUUUAUACCUUUGUGCAUUGAAUACAUCUAUCCAAAACAUAACUAUUAAAUUAUCAAAUUUAUGUCAGGUUUGUUAGUUUACAUUAGUAAAAAAAUAACCUACUUUCUAAUAAUUUCUCUUUUCAAAUUUACCUACAUAAUUUAUAUUUAUAUUUAUAUAUUUUGAAUAUAAUAUUAUUAUGAUGAAUUGUUUCUUUGUUUGUGUUUUAGACAUAUGCAGUGUAGAUAAUAACAUGGUUCACAAUAUUUAUGUCUAACAUGUUUAAUCGUACAUAGAUGUUUUAUCAUGUCUUGUGUUAGUGGAUUACAAAAAAAUUACAAUGGCCAAAAUUCUGCAAUCAGCCAAAAACCAAAUGUUGUGAUACCCCCCAAGUAUCAACCACCACCAAGUCCUAAUCAUCCAUAUAAUGUGCAAUUGAGCAAUUAUCAUCCAUCUAAUAUUGAUAGGUAAAACAUUUUAUUUUUUAUUGCACAUUUUUAAGAAAUAUUAUAAUUUAAAUGAUAAUUUUAAAUAUUAUUAGAAAACAACAGGGUGAAAAGCCAUAUGCUAAUACUACUGAUAAUAAUAGAUAUAGGACUUUGCCAGGAGAGCAAACAUCGGAUAUGUUGAAGUUUGUACGGAAAAUAGAUUCGGACAAUACCAAUAAAAUAUCUUCAGAUCAGGUUAAUUGGUGGUAUUUAAAUAAUUAAGAAAUUCAAAGUGUAAAUUUAUUGGUUUUUGAAGGUAGGGCAGUUAAUGGGAGAAAUCAAUAAUUUAAAAGAAAUGAAUCAAAGACUGAAUGAUGAAAAUCAAGAAUUACGAGAUUUAUGUUGUUUUUUGGAUGAUGAUAGACAGAAAGGACGAAAACUUGCAAGAGAAUGGCAAAGAUUUGGGAGAUAUACUGCUUCUGUAAUGAGACAAGAAGUUGCUGCAUAUCAGGUGAAAUUGAGGCAUCUUGAAGCCAAACAACAACAUCUUAUUGAAGACAACAUGGAACUUAAGGUUUUUACUUAAUUCAAAAAUUAUCAAUAAAAAUACUUUCAAUAAUUUAAUUUGAUAAAUACAAACAAAAUUAAAAUAUAUUUUUUUUCUUUAGGAAUUAUGUUUGUACCUAGAUGAAGAACGAUGUGGUCCGAAUAGAUUAAGAGAUAAUUCUGUAUGUAGAAUUUGUGGAAAUUCUACUGGUUCUGGAAAUUUACCUGAAGAACUACAUAGAAGAGAUGAAGGGGAUGGAAGUAGCUCUUCAACAAAUGCUGAUGAAAAUAUGAUAACCGGUAAUCAGAGUCAAGAUUUAUAUCAUAGACAGUUGCAUCAAACAAAUGGUUAGCAAAGUUAACUUAGGUUAUAUUACUUUUGGGUCAAAUAAAUAUUUUAUAAUUUUUAAAAAUUCAAAUUAAACUAAUAAUUGGUACUUAAUUAAAUAGGUAUUAAUGUUUUAUUUUAUUUUAUUUAUGAGGUUCAAUUAAAAAUACAGGUUAAAGGUAUGAUAAUAAAAAAAAAUAAUAAUAAUAUACAAUACAAUUUAAUUUAAUAAAAAGAGAACGAGUGACAGAACACUGAGGCAUUAAUAAGGAAGUUGGAAAGAUGAUGAGGGAUAUGAAAAGGAACAAAGGAACAGGUAUUGCAUGGAAGAAUUUUGAUAUUUACUUCAAUAAAGAUUAAUAAUCAAUUUGAUAGGACAUAAAUUUGUAGAGGAUCAAAGGUUCACCAAAUAAUUCUAAUCAGCUCAAGAAGUCUUAACGCAAUCUGGGCAGGGAAUGUUGUGCCUGAAUGUCUUGAUUAUGUAACUGGGGAAGAGUUUCAGAGAUAUAAACUGUACCCCAGGAUAAUAUUAUGAUUAAGGGUAUAGUAAAGGAAUUUGAGUGAGACAAGGAAGCAAAAAUCUUUGAAGAUGUGAUUUAUGAAACUAAGUAGCAUGAGAAAUUUACAGUAAGACUUUGUUGUGUAACAAAGGACAAAGGUCUUUAGUGAUUGUUAAUCCAAGGUCACAUACAGUUACUAGUGGGUUGAUGGGAACAUUAUUAUUAAUACAUUAUGUCAGCAUUUGUCAACAUGGGGGCCGUGAACUCUUAGAUGAAGAAUCACAUAGGUCAGAAAUAAUUAAAUACUUAUUUAGUAAAACAACCAUUUAUUUACAUUAAAAAUAAAAAAUUAAUACAUAAUUAGAAAAAUAAAUAAUAAUCCUUGAAUUAUACGAGUAAAUUAUUUUUUUUAUCUUGCUGAUAGGUGAUGGUGUAGAGCAGCGGUUCUUAAACUUUUUAUUACGCGGACCUCUGAUGAAGGACAUUUUUAAAUCGCGGACCACCUUAUUAAUUUUCUUAGGAAUUACCAUUUUUUUAUUAAAAAAUAUUUCAUGUUACAAUAAAAAUAUAAUAAGUAUAAAAAAUAUUUUGUUAAUUAUUUUUGUUAUAUUUAAUAUUAUUACAUUAACAUUUUGUCUUACAUAGAAAAUUAAUUAUUGUUCUACUUUUAUGAUAUUUUUUUCGUACAUGGUGUCUUCUUAUUAUCAACCGUAGAAUUAUUCCUCUUUAAAUUUAACCAGCUAUCCAUUUUUUCUUAAAAAAAUUUGAAUUUUAAAAAUAUAUCACGUAAAAUUCGUAAAAUAUGUAGGUAUACAACUAAUUAAAUACAAUCGAUAAGUAUACGGUGAUGGUGAGUAAACGACUGGACGUUUGAGUGCUGUAAAUUUCGUUUGUAAUAUAAACUAAUAGAUAAAUGAUAAUUCUAAAUAUAAUUUAAAAUUCCAUGUUACGCCGAUAUGGGUAAUUAAGAUUAGAAUAUUCGAGGAUUAACUUUUCUAAAGUUGCGAUAAUACGCGUUCAAUACUUGUAUAAUAAUAUAAAAUAUAAAAUAUAAAAUUUUACAUUUCUAACAAUAUCAUUAUUACACACACAUGCUGUCCACAGCUGAAAUCAUUUAUAGUGUCGCGGACCCCCGGCAAGAGUGUCGUGAACCACAGUUUAAGAAUUGCUGCUAAAUGAAUAACGGAAAAAAAAAAAAAAUGUUAAUAAUAAUUAAAAAAAUAUAUAUAGUUGCAUAUAUAUUUAAGCAAAAAGAAGUGUGAUCACUGGAUGGUUUCUUCUCUCAUCCUAUUCAUGUUUAUUUUUAAUAUAAUGUAGCACAUAUUCUUAUUAUGCCUUUGGGUAUAGAUUGUAUAUUCUCUAAUAAAAUGUUAAAAAAAAAAAAUCUUGCUGAUAGAUGUUGAUUAUCCACUAAAUUAAUGGCUUUUCUGACCGAUUUAUAAAUAUACACUCAAAAUAUUCUCAUAUACUAUUAAUUUGUUUCAUUAAUAGUUAAUGAUUUUAUACAGCGAUUUAAAUCUAUUAAUAUUUGCGUACCAUUUACACAUUUUGAAAUUUGUCACAAAAAUUUUACACAAAAGUAAAAUUAAAUAAUAACUUUUUUUUACUUAUCAAAAAAUGUUUUCUCAUACCAUCGGUUGAUACCGCUAAUAUAUAUUUUGUAAGUGGUAAAAUAGAUAAAAGCUUAAAUUAGCUUUUAUUAUAAGAGGAUCAUGAGGAUUUUUUUAUACCUAUUUUGGGAGUCAUGACUAGAAAGGUUGAGAAAUGAUGCAGUAGAUGAAAGGAAUAGAUUAUUGAAGUCUGGUAAAAAGCUUCUUUUGAAUCUAAACCAAAUUAAACUUAAAUUAUAUUUUAUUAGAAAAAAAACUACAUGGACUUCUAAUGUGGAAUCUACAACACUCCUGGAUUGGGUUGAAAUUAAAAAUAGAUUGAUUUAUAAUUUUAAUCCAUAAUUUUUAUGUAUUUGUACAGAUCAACAUAUAUUACCAGAUCAGAGAUCUUUCAAUUAUAUUAGACAACUCGAAGCCAAGGUUAAAGAGUUAGAAGAAGAAAAAAAUAAAUUAUCUAAAACAAUCAUUCAAGAAGAGCAGAUUGACCAAAAGAUUAAUAACUGGAACGCUGAUAAUUCUUUUCCAGUAAGUUGUUUUUCCAUUGUAGUUUGUUGUGUUGUAGCAAGGAUCAAUGUUGUAGCUUUGUCUUCAAAUUUGUAUUAUAUUUCUUAGUUAUAAAUAUGUUAUGUGCCCACAUGCUACUAUAGGUAUACGCGUGUGAACCCAUAGUAAAUGGUUAAAUUGUGUACGUGCCAAAUUAUUCAAAAAGAGAACAACCAAAACCGGGGGCUAAGGAAUCAAUCAGAAUAAUAAAUAUACAUUUAGAAUACAAUAAAUAUACCAAGAGCACGGUUAGGCCUUAAACAACGGUCGUAAAUUAAACACAUAAUUUUUAAAACAAAAUGCAUAAAACUCAUUAAACCUUUAAUUAAUUAAAGAAUCUAAGAAUUACUUAGAUAAUUUAUUCCCAGAAAAUAUAAAACAUGUGUAAUAAUGAAAUAAUGUAUAUAGCCAUUACUAUGAAUGACGGGUUACGAGGGUCUCCGAACAUAUAUAACACUGCCCAAAACAUUGUCUAAUCAGACAAGUCCACCACAAUCAAAUGCGAGCAACUUCACGUCACUCUUAUGAUUAUUUUUGUGAAUUUAAUAUAAUUGGGCUUGUAAUAUUUUUGUCUGGAAAUAUCAAUUAUACGUGAACUCAAGUUGGAGUUUAAUUUAUUUCAAUAUUUUUUCUCCUAAUCCUAUUUCUACGUUGGGCCCGUUACAAAUGUUAUGAUGGAUUUAUUACUUAUUUUCUAUACAAAUCCUUUCUAUGACUAUUAUCCCCAUUAAUAAAUAAUCUUUUAUUAUUGUGAGUUUGUUUUUAAAAUAAAUGAUUUAACAAUACAUAAUUAUAAAUGAAGUUAAUAAUAGUGUCUAUAAUUAGCAACUUCUUUUUUUUAAUUGGUUAGGUUUACCUCAUCACUAAACAAACAGCCAUCUAAUUCUAUCUUAUACUAUUUUUUGCCAAUGACUAUCUUUGUUCCACUGUCUCUCCUCUCUUUUUAUGUAAUCUCAUCUUAACCAUGGUCUCUCAAGAUUUCUCUUCCCUACUUUUAUUAUCAGUGAAUCGUACUACCUCUCUAGGCAUGUCCUGCCCAAACCACGAAUGUAUUUUACAAUGUUUAUUAAUUUUUUUUUCUGUGGCAACUCUUUUACAAUCAAUUUUUCUCAAAUUUACAAUGAUAGUAAUUUUUCUAAAAGGAAAUCUGACUGGGGCGGUACUUUAAGGAGGUCAUUUUUUGAUUUUCCCAAGAGUUUUCUUAAUGAACUAGAAAAAUGAGAAAAUAUAUAAUGCAUUUGUAAUUAUUUUACCAUAGUAUUACUUGUAUAUUGUUGACAAAGCAACACUAUUAACUGAACUUUGCUCAGAAUUGUUUUUUCGUUAGCAAUGAUUAAUCGUUGCCUACAGAUAAACAUUAAAUUUCCCCUUUAUAUUACCAACUCACAAACAAAGUAUGCUGUCUUUUUAAAAUUUCUUUCAGUAUAUUUGUUUACUGAAGAAGAUGGUAGUAUAGUUUUCGUUUUUUAUUUUUCUGAGCAUUAAAGUAAUUAUUCAUUUUUUUAAACACUUGGCUCAAACACUUCCAUGUACUGCUACCCACAUAUUCUCCGAUUUUUUUCUUUAAUUUCGAGCUGUAGUUUUACAGCAGCUCUUAAUGUAUGUAAUUUAAUAUAUAAUAAAUGAUUUUAAUUAUAAUAUAUAUUAAUUGGCAUCUAAACUAGAUAUUUUAUACAAUGCCAAAAUAUAAUAUAGUGUGCAGUACAGAUAAUUUUGAAAUCUAAUGUAAUGUAAAUUAUUUUAUUUUAUACAAUUUCUAUAAUAAUGUAUAUAGUUAUUAAAUUGACUUUAGAAUUUUAUUCUCAUUUUCUGUUUUCUGUAUAGAUGUUAUAAUACUUGGAACCUAAUGGCUACUGUACAAAUUUGACAAAUCAGAUUACUUUACAGAUUAAAGUGGGAUGUAUGUUUUAGAAAAUUAAAAUAUUAAAUUAUUUUAUUUUUUUUUUAGUAAUAAUUUAUACGUAACAAAUGUGAACUCUAGGAACAGCUAUGAACAUUUUAAGUUUUAAAUUUAGACUAACCAUACUAUAUUUUUAAAAUCAUCAACAUUGUAGUCAUCUUAAAAUGAUUACAUAAAAUAAUUUUCACUUAUAAAUAUAUAGAUUGUAUUAAUAAUAAUAUAUUAUAAUUGAACUAUAAUUUAUUCAUUAUAAAUAAUAUAUAUAAAUGUAUAUUAUUAUUAUAGAAAAUGAGACAUCAAGAAUCUGUUUUAACUGCUCUUCAAGUAUUAGAGCUACGUGAACAAUUGGAAGGCAAAAGAGAUGAGAGCAAUAAUGUUGUGGACAUGGAAGAUGAGGAAAAAGCAUUACUUAGAGAAAUGUGCAAUGUAAUGAAUAAUAUCAUGUAUACUUCUAAAAAAUAAUAUAAUAAUGUAAUGAAAUUAAAAUUUUAGGUGGUAUGGCGAAAACUUGAAGAUGCUCAAUAAUUUGCAAAACAUUCGAUCUAAUUGCAUUAAUAUUUAAAGAGCAAUGAUAAUAUUAAUGAUAAAAAAUGAAUUCAAUAUUUAGUAAAAUAUUAUAUAUAAUUUGCUUAGGCUUUUUUUAGGAGGGGACCUCUCUAUUUGUGUAAAUACAUUUAAAUAUAUUUUAUAAGUGUUUAUUAAUAUAUAAAAAUAAAUUACAUCAAUCAUAAUAUUUUGUCAGAAAAAUUAACAUUUCUUCCACCUAGUAAAUUGACUAUUUAUUUAUACAAUAAGUAUUUAUCUUGGUGAUACUUGUAUAUUCCACACAGUACAUAAUUUGCACCUCAGAUAGCAUCAAAAUUUGACUAUGGUCAAUUUAAAUUUAGUUUAAAUCCACUUUUUUAUGUAAACAGGAUAAUUAACUAAGUGUGCUCACCUCAUUUUUUUUAGUUAAUAUUACAUGUAUUCAAAUUCUGAUUUUUAGAAUUUUUAAGUGGUGUAGUGAAAGCAGAUAUUUUUGAAUUCUUAGAUUUUUCAAAACAUUCAAUAGGUAUCUUGUGGCGAUAUCAACUUUGGUUUUUUAAAUGAGAACCUAAAUCUCAUCAACCCGUUAAUGGAAAUCAAAAAUAUACACCUAAAUUUAAUUUAAUUAAUUAAUUUUAUAUAUUUAAUACACCGCCUAUUUACAUAUUUUUAACGUUGGUUCUCAUUUGAAAAACCAAAAGUAGUAUAGCUGGAUACUCUUUAAAUGUUGUGUAAAAUCUAAGUAUUCAAAAAUAUUGGCUUUAACUACACUUAAAAUUCCGAAAAUUAGAAUUUGAAUAUAAGCAAAAUUUAACCAAAAACGGGAUAAACACACUUAGUGAAUCACUUUAUACAUACACAGGUGUCCCACAGAGAUUGUUCUGUUCAAUAUUCUUCAAUAUUUUUUUUUUCUUGUAAUAAUCAAUAGUUUAUAGCAUUAUGAUUAUUAUAGUUUUUAAAAUUAAAAAUUAUUUAAAUUUUUUUAAUAAAUCAAAGUCCCAUUUUAGAAAAUUAUUUUUAAACAACAUUUUAGUGUUGGAAAUGUUAAUUAAUAAGUCCUUAAUUUAAUAUAAUUUUUUGAAGUUCAUAAAAAAUAUACAAAUUAUGUUUGUUGCUACUACUAAAUAAUAAUUAAAUUAAUAAAUAAUUAAUAUUAUUUAGUAGUGGCCAUGAAAACAAUUAAAAAAAAUUAUAGAAAAUUAAAAACUCAUCACUGUUAAAUAUUUGUAACAUCAAUGUUAUUUCAAGAUAAAUGUAUCAAAUGGUUUAAUUUUAUAAAAAGAAUAAAUUGAUUUUAGUUUGAAUACAAAAAAAAAAAAACAACUAAGAACCAUAGUAUAAGUCUCUAGAAGUUAUUUAAAGAAAAAAAGGUUAACAAUUUGUCAGAUCUCUGUGGGACGCUUGUAUGUAUUGUAAAACAUAUAUUUUUUUUCAAUUCAAAUUUAAUGACAUAUAUAAUGUACUAUAGGCAAUAUAUAUAUUGAACAAACAUCGAGUAUGCAAAUUACUUAUUAAAUUUGGGUAAUUUAAAAAAAAUAUUAUUAAUAAAAACAAUAUUUAAAACCUUUUUUUAAUCUUGCAUUAGGCUUACUCAAACAAGCAUAAUUAAUUUAGAUUCUCAAUAAUUAUCGUAUUUAUAACUUAUAAGCAACAAGGCAAAACCAUGUAACUUAAAAUCUAAAUUGUGGUGUUGCUAAAACCUAUAUAAGUUGAAAUGUAAGUGUUAAAAUACAGGAAACAAAAUUUAUUAAAAAAAAAAUGAAAUAUUUUUGAGGGCACCACUUUGCUUAAAGAUGAUGUAUUAUAAUUUUAAAAUGUUUUAUUCUCCUAUUAAUUUUAAUUUGUUUGGAAUAUUAUAAAAUAUAAUUAAUAAUAUAAUUUUAUAAUGUAUUCAUUUUUAAUUUAAUAUAUAUAUAUAUAUUUUUAUUUUUUUAUCAUUGUAUUUAAAAGUAUCUAUCAAAAAUUUAAAUGGUCAAAUAUUUUAUUAUUUUGUUGUUUCUUGCCAUUUUAAAUUUUAAAACUGUUUGUAAAAACAAUUUGAUUAUAAAAUAUUUAAUAGUAUAUUGUAUUGAAAUAUAAUUGUAAUUUCCAAAUUGUUUUUCAUAUUUGUUGUAUUUUAUCACAAUUUAUUUAUUUUCUACAUUUACAAUUUUAAUUAAUAAAACAGUAAAAUAUAUC